AUGACUGUACUCGUCGUCGUCCUCAUCUUGCUCAGCGUUGGCUCGAGCUUGGUCGUGCUGCUGGGUGUAGCAACGAGCAUCUUGCGCGCGUCUCUGCGAGACGUUGCCCGCAGUAGCAUAGCGUCGCGUUGGCAUGCUUUCGACGUAUGGGAGCGCUUGCACUUAGUACUGUGUCUGCUGGACGCUUUGCUUUUACUCGCGGUCACGCCAGUGUUUGUUCGCUACGCGCAUAGUGCAAGCGGCGACGCAAUUGGCCAUAGAGCCUUGAGCUCGGCCGCGACGGUUUUCGCUACUGCCUCGGUCAUGGUGCUGAGACCGGCGAUACUUGGCGCUCUAGCAGCAGGCUUUCGCUGCACUAGGAGCGCGUGGCGCGUCUCGAUCGCUGUGACAACCAUGGCGCUCGUAGUCGCACUUUCCACUAUCGCGUCUCUGGUCGGCUGCUCGUCGGUCACUCGAACCAGCUCGACUUGUGCAAAUAUACAUGAGAUCAAGAUCAUCAUGGUCACAAGCCAAAUCGUUUUCGCUUCGCUCGCCACCGCUGGUCUCAUCAUCCUGGCUAGAUCAUCAACCAACAACAAGAUUCUCACCCCGGUCCGGUCGUAUCGAACAUCGAUCGUUGCAGCUCGAGCUCCGAGCUUAUCGCUUCUGAUUCACACACAGCCUGAGGCAUGGACACGACACAUUGAGCUCGAUAUGCGCACGCAUUUAACCGACUUUGGACCGUCGCGCGAGCACGAGGCAAGCAUCGACUAUGGACCCGAGAUGGUACACCGUCUGCUGGGUGAGACGGCUGGCUCACGUCGGACCGCAGAUCAAGUCGCGCCUGGUUCGCAGGGAUAUGCAUCGGCGGCGGCUUCGUCGGCCAACCCGUACCGCGUUGGAUCGACGUGUUCGAUCACCUCUCGAGACGCGUUCAAUGGGCUCGGGCUCGGUGCGUCGAGAGUAGAUCUUGCGCAGAGUGCAGAUGCGAAAUCAACGAGCGGGUCGCUGGCUUCUCGUGUGCUUUUCGACGAUACACGUCGAUCGGCUUCCGCGAUGAGUCGAUCGGCGACGCAAGAUGUGUUGCUUCAAAAAAGGUCAGACGAUGGCCAAGACGGACGCGUCGGCGGACAGCGUGGUGCACCAGAGUGGUUCAGUCAACUUCCCGCUGGGUUGGCAUCUCUUUGGAUUCCAAUCGCUCUGUUGAGCGCAGCGCUAUGGAUGCACAUUGGCAUGCAGCAGAAUUUCGUCCUGCUGGCAUCGUUUUGCUUACCGGCUGCGAUUGCGUUGCUAAGAGAAAUCGCGCUGGGGUGUUCAAAGACUCGCCACAAUCCGGAGCACUGCGACGUGACACGAGCACAAGUAGCUGAAAUUAACAAUGCAGCUGCUAGCACACGCACCUCGACCUCGUCGUCGUCAGCGUCGGCGGUCAUGGUGAUCGACACGCCACAAUGCAUUCGAAAUCGUCGAUCGCACUUGCGCUCGCAUUCGUGCCCACUCGAGUCAGAGCUAAACGGCUACGGCCAUCUUGAUCUCGACACGGGCGCGCGAUCGAGCUCGAGCGCAUUUGCAUUUGCAUUUGCAGCCAAGCAUCGUCAGAGCAUCUCGUCGGCGAGAAGCGUCCCGUAUCUGUCCAAGCAUUGGACGGCGGGUAGAGUGAGUGGCGAUCGGGUCGUCGCGCCGCGAAGCAGUUUCGUGCGCGGCCUCAAUUUGAUGCUCAAUCCAAAACCGAAGCUCGAGGUUCUUCCGAAUGGGCUCCAGCACCGAUCCGGACGCCUGAAUGCGCGCACUGGCAGAGCAAUCAAGUCCAACUUCCGUACCGCCGUGUCGGAAUCAGCGGGAGAGUUAUUGCACUUACCGCAUGUUGAGGGACAAGAAACGUGUGAUAGCGAGCAAACAUGCUUUACUUCACAAGACGCUGUGCAAGAAGCGCAGACUGCUUCGUUGACGACGUGGCUCUGCACUUUGGAGCGCGACGGACGAAGCGAUGGACCCAGCUUUGCAUCGCGGGCAAGUGCUGACGCGCCACUGACCGAUGUGAUCCUCGAUAUGGACGAUACACCUGGGAGUGCACGUCUGCGACCUGACGAGGAAGCGCUAUACGACCACGCCGAGCUAGCGUCUCCGACCAAACGCCAGCUCGCUGCAUCCGACUCCACCCAUACGUGUAUUCAGGUGAGUCCAGAAUGCACGCCGUCUCGAGGAUUUUCUUGCAGCCACGAUUCGCACAGCAUGCGCACCAGUCACAGUGCUUCGAGACUUUUUUCCGAGAUCAUGGACAUGGUGCGUGGCAAUGCACGCACGGAUACCUGCAACAACCAAGCCGGUGGAGCGUUGAGUGCGAGCGCCAAUCAAUCCUCCAAAGGAUACGAAUCCAUCGCAGCUCACCACGUCAGAGGAUUGGAUUCGGCCAACUCGCGAGACCAGACAAUCAUCAUUCAUUCCAACGAAACCUCGGAGUUCUGCACCGCCACGUCCCAACUCGGCUCACGUACGUGCUUGUCGUCGCAUCGCAGCGCUACAGUCGAUGCAACUGAUGCGCUUGCAGAGCCAGACGAUUCAAUGGCACACUCGGCUCAAACCGAUCUAGCACGCAACGCAUCUACAUCAAGCACACUAUCGUUGUCGAGCAUCUCGAGUCGUAUCCGAUCGCUGCGACGCACAAGCAGUGUCGCAUCUUGCACUGGCGAGUCGCCGCAGGUGAAAAAGAUGCGCAGUCGAACCUUCGCUUCGGCGUUCGGGAUCGAGUUGAGCAUGCUGAGGAAGCGGGAUGCGGUGGAUAGCUCGCCGUCGACGAGCUCGGGGACGUGUAGGUCUUUGAUGGAAUACAGCUUUACGGCAUCGCCGUCGGCUUGUGAGACGAGCCGGAGGGGCUUGGUCGAUCAAGCGAGUGGUACGUCUCCGAGCGUGAUGCUGGACGGCACAAACAAGACGCAUAGACGGAAUGCGUCGCGCGCAGACUCGAUUAUGGAUAUGUCGGAUGCUGAAUGUGGCGAUACAAUCGAGGAGAUGCUCGAGGAUCCCGUCGACUCGUAUUCGUGCAUAUCCAACACCUCGACAGGCGCGCCCGACGCUGAUCAAGCCAGCCCACUGCAUCCACUGAGUGCACACGACUCUUUGCUCGAUGAGGUCGAUCUGGCCGAUGUAACAGUCAACGAGAUUUGGGAUCGAUCGCACAGCUCCGACCUGCACUCAGAGGCGCCACUCAGCCGGGACCACAUGUACGAAGCUGUCGAUCUGGAGGAUGCACAACUGAUGGGGUUCGACACGAGACGCAUCGUCGCGCGCGCACCAUUCCUCGAUACAGUGCUAGAGGAAGAAGCCGAAGGCGAGCUGACAGUGGAACAUGUCGAGUCAAGGACAUCUCGGGAAACAUUGUUGCAACAACGCGAAGCGGAAGAACAACGCGUGAAGAAACUGCUUCUUGAGCACGAGGUGUUAUUUCCGCAUAAGACUCUAUCUCGGAUUGACGAGGUGACCGAAGUAGCGACGACGCUGCGCGCAUCAAGUUUCAGAGCCAACAGUGGAGCCAGUUCGAGCAAGUCGAAUCGCGAGAGCGCCGAAAGUACGGUGGAUGAGGAGCGUGUACAUUUGGGCUUGCCGAUAUCAUUGGGCUGUAGAGCGCAGGAGGAAGAGGCGGUAGGGAGCUGGUGCGGGGACGUGACGCGGUCGACUGAUUCGAUAGACGAUGGCGUAGACGAACGCGCUCAAGCUCAACAAGGGGGACGAGUUGAAGAGAAGCCGCUACCUUUUGUCACGCCAAGGAGCACCAAUCGACGCCGAGUGGCAGCGCAACGUCGAGCGUCGCACGAUACGAGCGCAGCAGCUGCCACCAACCGAAUGACGACUCGAAGCUUCUUUAGCUCAUCGGCAAGCCAACCGCCAAGCGAGUUGCAAGCCUCGCCUGAAUCGGCCAUGCGACGUCUCGGUGAGCUCGGUCUAAACGAGGGAAUUUGGUCCUCUUCUCCCCUCCAUCUAUCGCUCGACGCUCCAGGCAAUACGAGUCAGAGCUUUGAGCUUGUCAGCCCACGCUCGACCCAACGCAGCAUGCUCAACGCAGCCCGAGCCAAGCUGAACACGGACAAGUUGUUGCGCUUGGAUCACGCCGAUUCACCGAAACGCGAAGCUCGAGACCGUCUCGCCGAUAUCGCGAGCUCUUCUCCGGUCGGCAAGAGGUUGCUGCACAAGCCGGUCAAGAAGAGGAGAAAGAGCCGAAUCAAGCGCGUUGCCGUGAUGGUGGCUAGGCACCAGUUCACAGUGGUGGAUGAGGACGAUUCAUUGGUCCAACGCGCUUCAACAAGAGCAUCACAGUCGCGAGCAUAA